CAGCCAGCACACAUACACAGAGACACACACACACACACACACAAAAACGCCCAAUAAAUUACAGUUGCAGGCAGCGCACACAUAAAAAGUUUUAUAACAAAAAGCAAAGAAUACGAAAAGAAAAUAGAUAUAAACCGGGUCAGAAGACAACGGCCAACGUUAAAAGAGUACAAGCAAACGAAAACAUUCCAAUAAAAGAAGAAAAAAGAGUUACAGCCAGAGCUGCCUGCCUGCGCCAAGUGUAACCAAAGUGUAAAAACAUCCGAUACCGAAAACAUUUUUAUCAAUUAUGAAUUUCUUGGGCUUUGGCCAAUCAGCCGAAAUUGAUAUUGUAUUCGAUGGUGCCGAGAAUAAAAAGACCGCCGAGGUCAAGGGCGAGGAUGGCAAAGUGGAAAAGAUGCUGCUCUUCUACGAUGGCGAAACAGUAUCCGGCAAGGUAAAUGUGACGCUGAAGAAGCCCGGCAGCAAACUGGAGCACCAGGGCAUUAAGAUUGAGUUCAUUGGACAAAUUGAAUUGUUCUAUGAUCGCGGCAAUCAUCAUGAAUUCAAGUGCCUGGCCAAGGCGUUGGCCCGUCCCGGCGAUCUCAUACAGAACAAUAGCUAUCCGUUUGAUUUUCCAAAUGUGGAGAAACAGUUUGAGGUAUACGCCGGCUCCAAUGUCCGUUUGCGUUACUUUCUGCGCGCGACAAUUGUGCGACGGAUAAGCGAUAUCACACGCGAGGUGGACAUUGCUGUGCAUACGCUCUGCAGUUAUCCGGAAAUGAAUAAUCCAAUCAAAAUGGAGGUGGGCAUCGAGGAUUGCCUGCACAUUGAGUUUGAGUACAACAAGAGCAAAUAUCAUCUCAAGGAUACAAUAAUUGGCAAAAUAUAUUUUCUGCUCGUACGCAUUAAGAUUAAGCACAUGGAGAUUGCGAUCAUUAAGCGCGAAUCCACCGGCACCGGACCGAACAUUUUCAAUGAGAACGAAACGAUUGCCAAAUACGAGAUAAUGGACGGUGCGCCCGUCAAGGGCGAGAGCAUACCCAUACGCGUAUUCCUUGCCGGCUACAAUCUGACGCCGACCAUGCGGGACAUUAAUAAGAAGUUCUCGGUCAAGUAUUUUCUCAAUCUGGUGCUGAUGGACACCGAGGAUCGGCGCUAUUUUAAACAGCAGGAGAUAACGCUGUGGCGCAAAGCGGAUAUACCACGUUACCAUGUUGCCCAGCAGCAGCAGCAGCAUCAGCAACAUCAGCAGCAGCAUCAGCAGCAGUCGCAUCAUCAGCAUCACCAGCACGUGCCGCUGCACGCACCGCCCCAUUUGGUGAGCGGCCCGGCAGCGCCGACCGUUGCCCAUUCGCUCAUUAGCAGCAGCACGGACAGCGAAGGCGCUGCCAUUGGCGUCGGCGCCCAAGCCGAAUCCAAAAUGGGCCUGUUCACGCGCGAGAGCCCCAAUCAGGAGUUUAGCCAACAGCAGCUGGACUCGCCGCUGCCCAAUUCACCGAUGACGCCUGGCAACGAGAGCAAUGCAAUUGUGGCUGCCGCUGCCGCCGCGGCCGCCGUAGCUGCCGGCAGUGAACGUGAGCGUGGCAUGGGCGAUGGCGCUGCCGCGGCAACGACAAGCGCCUCACCAGUGGCCAUGCUAUCGAACACGCCGCCGCCGCUGCUGCAGCUGCCGCCGACCAGCGAGGAGCAGCCGGAGAUGUUGCAAUCACCGGCGCAUGCCGCCGGCGAUGGCAACAUGGAAUUUGAUUUGAACGAUGAUGACGAUGAUCGGGCACAGCUUGUGCCCUACGAAGAGCUAACGGACGUGGCGCUGCCCACACCACCAGCACCCGCACCUGCACCCGUGCCCGCACCCGCGCCCGUCUCCACAGCCGCCAAAAAGGUCAACGCUGCGCCACUGAGUGCGGAUUGAGUGGCAGCCACGUUUCUGUUAACGAUUGCGAAUAUGUUUAUGUUUAUGAUUUCCACAACAACUCAAUGGCUGGCGGUAGCUGGGUCAACUAUUAACGUAUAUCCAAAACGUAUACACGAAAAAUAUGCAUAUAUAUAUACACACAAACACACACAUACACACGCAU